UUCGUGCUCGCGAAGACGAUCAUCUGCCGCCGCGACUUGUGUUCGUAAAAGCACCACUGCCACGCCACACCGACCAAAAAAAGGACGUUUGGAAGACGGACCGCGACGCUGACGCCGCCGCCGCGACGCGAUGUGAUUUCUUGUUCAAAGAUAAAUAAAGAAAUGACAUUACGGCGCGAUUGAGUGACGAUGGAAAGGGGGCUGCGCUGGCAAAUGACGAGUCUAACGACUGCUGUCUCUCUACUCCUGCUGCUGGCCGAGGCCGCCGGCGCGCCCGCCACAAACUGCAAACUAUCGGAAUUCGCCUGCAACAACGGCCGAUGCAUCCCCCUCAACAAAUACUGCAACGUCCUCAACGAUUGCGGAGAUUCGUCUGACGAACCGAGAUAUUGCACGCGUUGUAAUCGCACCUAUUUCGGUCAAGCCGGAAAAACGUACGAUUUGGAACUACAUCGUCCAAAAGAAGAUAAGAUACCUUUCAUCUGUCAUUUGACGUUCACGGCUGGAGGAGACGAAUUCGGAGAACUCGUCCAGUUAACGUUCGACAGUUUCACGUUGGGUCGUUUCGUGUCUUUCACAUCCGACGGUUGUCCAGACGGUGCCUUACAAAUAAUGGAAUCCAACAGGCCCCAAGUAGGAGGAUCGUGGUGCGGGACGUCGUGGGGCCCCGCCAUCUAUUACAGCGAAACGAAAAGUGUUACGAUUUAUGUUAAUCUUUUUCGUCUUUCUAAAGAUCAAAACGGAUAUAACUUCGAUUUUCGUAUGGAAUACAAGUUUCUCCGGAAAAAACUGGCAACUGUCCGAUACGGGGGAGGUCAGCCAUUUGUGAAUACAACGGCGCCCUCAGUUGAGCCCGAGCCCGAAUACUACUUGGGAGAUUUAAUAACGGGUACAUAUUGUUCCCGAAUUUUCAGCGACUGUGAUAGGAAGCACUGCCGUCUCCAGUCCCCCAACUUUCCGGGGGUUUACCCGCGUAAUUUAACCUGUUAUUACGCAGUGCGUCAGCACGAAAUUCCUCCGGGUAAACACGCCCUCAUCAUUGUACGUCAACUAAAAGGCCAAUUGAUCUCAAUACGAAGCCAAUCAGCUCUUUACGGUACUGCGAGCACCCGCGAACUCAAACUCUGGAACGACUGCGACGACGUCCAAGACUACGUCACCAUCUACGACGGCUACACGACCCGCGAUCCCGUCAUUUUAAAAUUCUGCGGGGGCGGCGAAGCUGUCCCCGAAGCCGUCUCCAGCGGCCACGAACUCCUCGUCGAAUUCUCCACGUCGCCUUAUGGAACGUUCCUCUAUCCGGCCCCAGCGCAAGCCCUCCACGGCUUCCAACUCGAAGUCGAAGUCAAAUUCGUCGAUCAACAAUCCCCGACUUACGUUAAAACGAAACGCCAAUGCGAGUUCUCUUUGAGAGGGACUAACAAAGGAGUUUUGGAGAGUCCUUUGCAUUCCUUGCCAGCAAACACCACCUGCCUCUAUCACCUGCAAGGCAUCGACACGUCAGUCUCCCCAUCUCCGAUCCCUUUUCGGCCUCUUUCUUCCCGUUAUCCCGACUGGAGGCACGCCGGGAUGAUCCUCCCUCCGCCUCGUUACCGCGUCUGGCUCUCCAUCGUGAAAUUCCACGCGGCUGGGCCUCGUGACCCCCAAAAACCCGACCAGGAAUUGUGCAGAAGCUAUUUGAACGUGUGGGAUGGUCAAUUGUGGGCACCAUCCAACUGUAACGAUCUCUUCUGCGGUGGCAGAGAUAAAUCGAAAAGCAUUCCCACAACGAGUUUAUCGGGCGCUUCAAGCACCAAGAAAAAAAACGUGACGCUAUUGGCGAGAUACUGCAGGGAGCACGUGCCUCGAAGCUGCGACCACUCACUGUUAGCUAAUUCGACGAGGUUCCCUAGACCUUGUAGCCUCGCCGAAAGUUUCCUCACAUCAGGAGACAGUCUCACUCUGGAGUUGAAAUUGGCAGACUCGACGGCACUCAGACCCGUGCAGUUUCGAGCUUUGUACGAAUUUGUCGAUCUGCAUCUGGAUGGGGAACCGUAUGGACCAGGAGCGUGUUCCAGAAGAUUCAGUAGUUUAAAUCAGGAUGGCCCUCAAAAAUUUCGGUCACCCAGAGAUAUUUUUCUUUACGGGAGAGGUGGAGCAAAAAAUAUAAGUUGCGUGUAUCGGUUUGAAGCUCAGAAUGACGAAAGAAUAAAAAUAACAUUAACAAGUCUGACUAUCAAAAACCGCGAUUGCAAGACGAAAUUGAGUAAAGACACGGAUCGUCUAGAAUGUUUUGGGAAUACGACAGCUACAGUUCGCCUCUUUGAGAUUCCAUGGAUGGACGUACCGGGUGUUCCCCGCGACUGCCUUUGCUCACUCGACAAGGAUAAACUGUUACCAUUCAGUUACGUUUCCACGUCUAACGUAGUCGAAUUGCGUUUCGACGUGACCGGAAUGAACGCAUCCGACGAUUUCACUACUUUAUCGUUCGAAGGCACGUGGAAGUUGAUACAGACCCCCGUGUGCCCCAGUAAUUUACGGAUGAAGGGACCGAGCGGAGAACUAGCUUUCAUCUACCCGAACAAAUCACCGCAGGAAACCAACUGCGAGAACAGUCCUCGUGUGAUAAUUCCAUCGCCAAACAAGUAUCUCUACGUGAAGAUCAGCGGCGUGAUAAUGAAACAUUCGAGUCGACUAGGCGAUGGCGCUUCGAGAAGCGUUUCUCCCGUGAGAUGCGGAACCUCUAAUCGGAUUAAGGUACACACGGCCCUUUAUUCAGCUCUCAUAUGUCCCUACAGCUCCUCGUCGAGAAGCAAUCUCGUUGAGGUUUUCUCAGAAGGGUGGAGCGUAGGAAACGUCGACGGACAUUCAGUCGGAAAUAUAGCGCUAGACAAGAUCGAAAUCGAUCGACUGGGAAAAGAACUUCCAAGAUCGAUCGUCGUCGAAUUUGUUGGAAAAGAAGAAGGUUCUUACUCUGUCAUGUGGCUUGAACUCGGCAGAAGACGCGACGUGCCCCCCAAUGGGAUGGGCCUUUUCCUGCUCAAGCCCGACGAAUGCCAAUACCGCUGCCCCGAGCUCGACGCUUGCAUCAACGCCACCGUUUGGUGCGACGGCGUCGAAGACUGUCCUUCCGGCAUCGACGAAGCUCUAACUCACUGCUCUAUAAUCUUGCAGUUGCCACCCCUUUAUCUCUUUUUGGGCGCGUGCGGGAUUCUUAUUUCGAGCUUCGCGACGUGUAUGGCCGUGUGGAAAGCUUGUCGUCGAAGACCGCGUUCGAUACUCCAAACGCGUUUGAAGAGUCUUUCAUCUGACACUGCCAUCAUCGACGAAAAGGGAGUGAUUUGCUGACACAGCGACAAUUCUGUGCGUUAUGUCGAAGUCGAUCGCGUCACAACCGUGUGACACGUCGAAAUUGACCUAAAACACAGAAUUGACAAACGGACUUUUAUACAUUUCGUAAUUUAGAAACGGACCAAGCAAAUUAAGCGAAUUUCUUAGCGUUGUGAUUACGAUAGGCGUACCUGGUAGAGGAUUGAGGAUAGCGAGCUUUUUGCGAAUCGUGGAGUGAGCUUUUCAACUUUUUUAAAUCGCAUUUGUUACUAAACACACAUUUAUUUUGAUAACAGAAAGGACGUGAUGACGAAAAUGUUUUUGGCACUGUACUGACGAGUACAAUGACUGAUCACACGUUUUGUAAAUACUUAGAUAAAUCAAAAAAUUUAGCGAAUUUCUCAAAUUUGUUAGGUAAUAAUAAGCGUACCGCGAUUACGUGAAUAGUUGGACUUUAGUUCGAUUUAAACAAUUUUUAGUGUAAUCGAGGUAACGCUGAAAUAUUUUCAGCUGAAAAUAAUUACGAAAAUGCAUAUCAAAUAUGCUGAAAAUGCUUAAAGUUCACUGCCAUAACUGUGGCGAAAACAUCGUUUUAUUGUUCUGCUCGAUUCUUCGAAAAUAUGACUUAAGUUCAUUUUUGUUAAACGCACAAGCUAUGAAAUUCAUAUCAAAAUUUUACACCAAGAAAACCUUAUUUUAGUUCAGCAAUUGUUACGAUAACAUUGUUUCAACUUUUAUUAUAGUAACUAAAAACAAUAUCUUGUAGAGUUGUUAAAAAAUAGAAAAAAUUCCUAGUAAACACGAUUUUCAUUGUACAUAACUUCCAUUAUAAAAAAGAUCUUUUGAAUACGUAUAUGGAGCUAUUGGUAGCACAAGUUGGUCAGGUGAACUGACAAUAAAGUAGAUGAAUUUAAGUAACAAUAAAUCUAUGACUAGAACGACAAUUUUGUUACAAAAGUAAGCAGAGAAGAGUUAUAUU